AUGGAGGAUCGCUCACUUGAACAUGGUCUCGCUCAAAAAUUGAUGGUAAUGGAAAACGCGGCAGCACGAGUGGCUACGGUGAGGGCUCAGUUGAGGACGAAUGUGGACCAGGCCCGUAAAGAGAUAAGAGCUGUGAUGUCACAACAAAUGUUACUGAUCCGUGCAAGGGAGCAGGAGUUGUUGGACGAAUUAGAUGUGAUUAUGAAUUGCCGAGAACGUACUUUGGAAAGUCAACAGCAAUCCCUCUACAAGAAUAUAUGGGAAUGUAAACAGGCACUGGAAAAGUUACGAGAAACUGGAAGUUCAUCAAUUUGUGCAGCUGAUGUGCUUUCCAGCCUUGGCCAUGUCGAAAUGUCAUCUCGAGAAUCAGCUCAUGUGUCGUUCGAAUCGGAUGCUCUUGGACUCCGAUCGACACUGCUUUCAUUUGGAACGAUUCGCACGUCUUCAAAACACGACUCUCUGACCAAGGCAAGUUUUCUCUUCUGUCCUCAGUACGCCCCCUUCGAAAUAAUUCAUAUAGGAGGUAAACAACUCACAAAGUCAUCUAGGUCAACCCCUGGCGAGAGUCUUCCCAUGGAGCUGGAAGAAUAUGAUGACGACAAUGUAAUGGCACACAAGUCGGUAUUUCAUAGUAGUUCGACGCGUGCGAAUUCUAGCAGCAUGAGUAAAGAGCAGGUUGAUUCGGUAAGAAAAUGGUUGAAAAAGAUUCCUUCUGGUUCAGCCGCUUUGGAAGCUGACAUGUCAGCUAUUAUGGCAGAGUUCGAUGUAGUUAAAAAUUCGUCUUCACCAGAAGUGGAGGUUGAGAGUUCGGACACUGCUUCAUCUUUUGAUCUUAUCGCCCAUGAAGCAACACCGGCUCGAACAAGUGCUGAUACAGCGGUACAGAAAGUGCUAAGCGCCGAAUUCCUAAAUACCCUUCAACAGCCGUUAUCUUCGUGGUUGAUGCGAUUGAUUCCGAAGGAUACUCUGAAGGUUGAAUCGGAGUCAUCAACAGUCACAUCGGAGCCUUCACGUACGAUGAAACGACCUCAUAGUUGUUCCGAUGUAAAACGUCACUACGAAUUUGAAGACGUCAUUGAUAGAGUACGUGCGUCUAGCAACGACUCUUGGGUUCUAGGAGCGGAACCCCUGAAGAAAACUCGAACUGAAGAUGGCUACGCUAAAGAGGAGUCGUCAAUGAGUGAGCAAGAGUGCGAAGCACAGACGCCAGUUCCAUUUAACGAGAACGAGUUCCUGGCCAAUUUGUCGAGACUCUUCGUUUGUCCAAUGCGAUCAACUCCAUCGCUGGGUUCGCCACCGGAUGCCACCCAUCAGGGAAUCGACCUCACCACCGUUCUUGGCUGGAAACGUGUUUUGGAAAAAAUUGAGCAAGCGGCACCGUAUUGGCUGAAAGAGGCAUCCGUACAGCCUGGCCUAUGA